AUGAUUGUAAAUAACAAACAACUGCAAUAUGUUGAAAAAUUAGGUUCUGGCACACACGGAAAUGUAUAUUUAUUGAAAACAAGAGAAAAACAACCAAAAUUCCUUGUUUGCAAAUCCAUUGCUCUAAAAAAUCAGAAAUACGCAGAGAAAGAAAUAAAGAUCCUCCAUAAAAUGAACCACCAAAGAAUCAUUUCAUUCUAUCAUUCUAUAGAAAAACAAAAUGGUAAGUUUAUUUAUAUGGAAUACGCCAAUUACGGUGAUUUAGAAAAAUUGAUACAAUUUUUAAGUAAAAAAAACUUAAAAAUACAAAAAAGUAUUGGUUGGUCCAUAUUUGCACAAAUAAUUGAUGGUUUAGAUUAUUUACAAUCUAAUAAAAUAAUACAUAGAGAUAUCAAACCAGCAAACAUUCUUUUAACAAGAUUCUUUAAUAAAAAAGGAAUAUUGAUACUUAUAAAAAUCGCAGAUUUUUCCCUUUCAAAAAUAAUGGAAGGAACCUUUAUAAAUGAUAAAAUAAUUGUAGGGACACCCUACUAUAUGGCACCUGAAAUAAUAAAAAAAGAGAAAUAUGAUUAUUCUAUAGAUAUUUGGUCAACUGGUGUGUUAAUGUACGAAUUACUUUCAUUAGAAAGACCGUUUGAAUCAGAAACGAAACUUUCUUUAAGAAGACUGAUCCUUCAUAAAAAGAAACUUCCAAGAUGCAGUGAUGAUUACUUAAAAAAAACGAUUCUUUUAUGUUUAGAAAAGGAGAAUAGACGAACAGCCAAAAGUAUAAAAAAUAUAAAAUUGAUC